GAGCUCACCUUCCCCCACCCUCCUUCCCUUCCCAUCCGCCUCAUCACAGCUCCCCCUUCCACCAGCGUAGAUUCAACCCAAUCAAUCCAUUUCCGAUGGGGCUCGACGUCUUGGAGAUCGGGAUGGGCUCCGAUUUGAGCCUGGAUCUGAGGUACUUCGCCUCCAAGGCCGUCAGGCAGGCCAGGGACGCGCCGGCGUCCGACGUGGACGCCUGCAUCCGCCGCCUCGAGGAGGAGCGGGGCAAGAUCGAGAUGUUCCGGCGCGAGCUCCCGCUCUGCGCGCGCCUCCUCGCCGAAGUGAUUGAUGUCAUGAAGGCGGAGGCGGGGAAGAAGGCGAGGAGCGAUCGCAAGGCGGCGGCGGAGGAGGACGGCGCCGCCGGGGACAAGAGCAAGUGGAUGAGCACGGCGCAGCUCUGGACCGGCGAUUCCGGCCGGGAGGAUGAUUCGGAAUCAGAGAAGCAAGACAAGGGGAGGAGCUCGCCGGAGGCCAAGUCUGGCGGCGGCGGCGCUUUCGUGCCGUUCAAGGCCGUGGGCUCCGGCGCGCCGGCGUUCGCGCCGCUGUGCCUGAGAGUGGACGACAAGGCCGCGGACGCUGGGAUGCCGGAUCUGUCCCUGCUGUCGCCGCCGGCGAUCAAGAGCGCUCCGGCUCCCGCCGGCGCCGCCGAGGAGAGCCGCCGCCAGGUCGUGGGGUUCGCGCAGGCAGCGGCGAGGGCGGUCGCCAUGGCGCCGUCUGCGCCUUCUCUGACCCUCCAGCCUCAACCGCAGCAGACAGCUCAGCAGCAGCAGCAGCAAGCGAGGAAGGCCAGGCGCACAUGGUCGCCGGACCUUCACCGCCAGUUCGUGGCAGCCUUGAACCAACUCGGUGGGCCCCAAGUUGCCACUCCGAAGCAAAUCAGGGAGCUGAUGAAGGUGGAUGGUCUGACAAACGAUGAGGUGAAAAGCCAUCUUCAGAAAUACCGGCUGCACAACCGAAGGGCGCCUGGAUCCGCCGUUGUAAGCCAGCCAAUUGUGCUUGUGGGAGGUCUGUGGAUCCCCCAGGAGCAAAGCAGCUCACAGUCUGGAUCUCCCCAGGGUCCUCUCCACUUCUCAACCUCAGGCCUCGCCGUCUCAUCAGCGGCCACCGUCAGCUGCGAGGAGGAAGAUGGCCGGUCCGAGAGCUAUGGCUGGAAAUGAUGAAUAGGCAGUUGCAUCAUCAGUGUUCAGAGAUAGACGGUUCGCAAAGGAAGUGUUCAGAGAUAGACUUUGGCGGAUGGCGAUGCCGCCAAUUGCAGCUUCAGGAAGGAGCCAUGGGGAGACUGUAGUGUAGUUUAUCUGUAUACAACAAAUACAGGGGAGAUCGUCGGGCCUUGAGCGCUCGAGAUGAAACUGAUGAUGGUGCGUCGGGUCGGGUUUGUACAUCGGCAAAGAGAUGAUACUAGUUACAGUUUUGCGGCUUGUUAAUCCAUGUUCCGGGCAGAGCUACAAUUUUCGCCCCGAGAAGAGUUUUACCUACCUAUAGAAUCCGUUUGUCGAUUAUACCAUCUUCUCAUCUUUCUGUUGAAUAAAAUGUUUUUGCUGUUGUUCAUGGAAUGAACGAACAGUUGUUAAAGAUGAAUUGUUGCAAGAACA